AUGACGGCCGAUGAUUGUUCAACAAAUGCUGUUUCAUCUGCUCCAAGUUCGAGCAUCGGGGAGGGUAUUAGCAUGGCCAAUCUAGCCUCCUCGACCAUCAUACCGUCGCCAGCAACGGUUGCCACCACGGCUGUCCUCGAUGGCGGCACAAGCUAUGAUAAGAUAUCUGCCGCGCUGUACGCCGCCCUGCCUCCUCACAAAGAUAUCCAUACCAUGAUCGAGGCGGGUAUCGACGUCUCGCUACACAAAGUGGUUACGCUUCCGUACCCAGUCCUAGAAGCCCAGGCACCUGGGGUCUUCAAGGGAAGCCUGGCCAAUAUACCUUUACCAACCGCUCACCCUGUCCUGCUUGCAAAGUAUCUACUCAUCCUCGCUACAUGUCUGCAGUACUUACACCCCGAGAUUCACAAAGACGACAUCCAGCACCUCUCGGAGCAGCCACGCCAGCUCAUGCAUCGUCUCACUGACACAGUGGCCGCAUUGGUGACCAGAAACGAUGACAUGUUAGACUCCAUCGAGAGUCUAGAAUGUAUCAUGCUUGAAUCAAUGGUACAGGCUAAUAGUGGCCAUCUUCGCCGUGCAUGGCUUACAUGUCGCCGUGCCAUGUUGGUAGCUCAGAUGAUGGGAUUACAUCGCAAGGGCGUUCACCAGCCAUUCAAGGUUCUUGAUCCCUCCCAACCGGUCUAUCCGGACUUUUUCUGGUUCCGUAUAGUCUGUACCGAUCGUCAGUUGUGCUUGUUGCUUGGCCUUCCACAGGGAUCGUUGGAUGUCAGUAUGGCCUCCCCUGAAGCCCUAGAAGGCGAUACCGUCGAAGGCAUAUUUGAACGCAAGCAGUGCGUCAUUGCAGCCCGCGUCCUACAACUAAAUGAGUCGGCUGAGUCGUCUGCCAUGAGCAGCCUGGAAACUCUAUACAGUAUCGAUGCAGACCUGCAAGCUGCUGCUAAUGAGAUGCCGAAUAGAUGGUGGCUGGUUCCUAACCUGGCCAGUGUCUUGCAUGACCCGAGAAAGACCUUUUCGGAAACCAUCCGUCUCUUCGAUCAGAUGCUCUAUUUCAACCUGCUUAACCUCCUACACCUGCCGUACAUGCUACGAUUGCAGCCCAGAGCAGACGGUAAUUCUACAACUGCAGCCAAUUACGAUAGAAGCAAGAUAGCAAGCGCCAAUGCAUCGCGAGGGCUAUUAACUCGGUUCAUUAUGUUCCGAUCCUUUAACCGCGUCGCAUACGCUCUUCGAUCUGUCGAUUUCUUUGCCCUUGUUGCAGCCAUGACAUUGAUUAUAGCCCAUCUUAACGCACACCACCAACAGCGAUAUUACCAGCUAAGCGGUGGAGAUAACAGCUUGCUUACACACCAACGAAAUAGCGAUAGAGCCAUGGUUGAACAAGUCCUGGAAACUAUGCAGGGCGUCGCAAAGCUUAAUACUGAUAUCCUCAGCGAACGUGCCUCAGACCUGCUUAAGACGCUUCUCGCAUUUGAAUCCAAUGCAGCUAAGGGGAACAGCUUCACCCCCCCGAUAGCAUUAGCCGAGCCACAGGUGGACUCUACCAUAACAGAAGACGGGAAGUUUCUGCGAUUUGAUAUCCCGUACUUUGGUACUGUGAGGCUAAACCACGAGGGCAUAGUUUCUAUGGAGCCGUGGGCGGGAGAUAUACCACCACCAUUACCGCAGCUUCAGCCCCUAUCAUCACCAUUAACUCAACGAUCAGGGCAUAUGCACUCUGGUUUAGUCAAUGGUGAUACCUUGCCAGAUACCUCACCCGCUCACCAGCCCUAUUCCUUAUACCCUACAGCAGUCACACUUCCUUGUCCAUCUUUGUCGCCGUCUAUGCUACCAACGCCACUAACGCAGGCUGGCGUAUCUGAUAUACAGCAGUACACAUCCCAAUUAUCGACCACAAUCGACGACACAGUGCAAAAUCAGUACUUAUAUCCCGGCUUAACAACCGCAAUAGACGACUGGCCAUUUCAAGGUGUAGAUAUGGCUUUUUUCGAUAGCAUAAUUAAUCGGCCGGAACUGGAAGAGGGAAAUGUGAAUAUUAAUGAUAUUGACUUUAUGACCGAACAAAAUUGCAAUGCGUUUACCGCGGCUUGGGCCCGUUCUUAUUAUGCAACGGGUUAG